UAAAUGGUGAAAAUUAAAACCCCGUUGAAGUCGUAUCUCCGAACUCUCUCUCUCACUGUCCGUCUGUGUUGAACAUGGAGGACGGAGUGAUUCUAAGAGAGUGGUUCAACCGAGUUGACUCAGAGAAAACUGGGAGCAUCACAGCAACUCAGCUCAAGAGCGCUUUUGCCAUCGGUAACCUCGACUUUCCUCUGUCUGUCGUCCAACAAAUGAUCAGGAUGUAUGAUUUUGAUAGAAAUGGUACCAUGAGCUUUGAAGAAUUUCUUGCUCUCAACAAGUUCCUCAUCAAGGUCCAGCAAGCCUUCUCUGACUUAGAGAGUUCACUUUUCAGGAAUCGUGGAUUCCUUUCGACAGAUGAUGUUUAUGAGGCACUAAACAAAAUUGGAUUCUCUUUGGACACUCCUGCAUUCUAUGCAGCGUGUGAGAGCUUUGAUCAAAAGAAGAAUGGGAGACUUCAGCUGGAUGACUUCAUAUCACUUUGUAUAUUUUUGCAGUCUGCUCGGAAUUUGUUUAAUGCAUUUGAUACAGCAAAGCAAGGCAGGGUUACUCUUGAUCUGAACCAGUUUGUCUACUGUGCUGCCAGCUGUAGAAUAUAAUGUCGACUACACCAGGCAAACCGGAUUUCAGUAAUGCCUCUGUACAUUCGAAUGGGCCAUGAGGACUGAUAUCAUGAUCUGUUUGGAAAACCUAUGCCAUUGAUACCAUGCCAAUAAAUUUUCCUGCUUGACUGCGGAUUAAUUUACCCAGCUCUUAUCAAAUCAACAAAUGCUUAUAUUGUGUAGGUUUCCCCAUGUAUCUGCCAGUGGAUAAACUAGCCGAUAAAAAUUCUUCUGUAGUCUGUUGCUUUAAAAUUUGGUCAAAUUAAGAUGGUGUUUUGCGUUUCUUUGUCA